AUGCUACCUCCAGGCGCCAUCUUCGUCCUUGUCGUUUCUGCUAUCAUCGGUGCCCUUAUACACCCUCUUGACUCGAAUGGUCUUUUUCUGACUCAAAAACGCGAGGAAUGGCCCGUCCAAGCAAAGAACAUCUUGCUCGUGACGGCGCACCCAGACGAUGAAGUUAUGUUCUUCGCGCCAACUAUCUUGUCGUUGUCCCAAAAGGCUGCCAAUGGGUCGGCGACAUUCUACCACCUUUGCUUGUCGUACGGAAAUGCAGAGGGCUUGGGAGAGACCCGGAAGCGAGAGCUUGGCUAUAGUCUAGACAUCUUAGGAGUCCCCUUGCAGAAGCGAUGGGCCGUCAAUCAUCCGGAACUGCAAGACAGCACGACGGCUGAAUGGGACCCCAACGUUGUCGCUAGAGUUAUGAAACCCUAUGUUACAGAACUUAAGAUCGACACGAUCCUCACAUUCGACUCCAGUGGCAUCUCCUCGCAUCCGAACCACAAAUCCGUUUUUACAGGUGCUCGCACUCUCACCAAAACUCUCGACGAAACAUCGUCGAAACUCCCUCCGCGGUUAUUUACUCUCGUCUCGGCGCCGCUUGUGACGAAAUACGUCUCCAUCGUUGCCCUCGUCCUAGGCAAGGCAGACAUCUUCGCCUACCGGGCGAUGCAGCGACUCGAAAACCUCAUCAUUCUCGUCCUGAGCAACUGGUAUCCCGAGAUCCUGACACCGGCCAUACCUCGUAGCCCAGACGCCGACGCCAUGCCGGUUUUCAUCUCAGGGUACAAGGAAUAUUUGACGUCCCUCCUGGCAAUGCAGGCCCAUUCAAGCCAGCUUGUAUGGUACCGGUGGCUCUACCUCCUGUUCUCGAGGUAUCUGUGGGCGAAUGCAUGGGUCGAGGUGCAACCACAGGUGUAA